AUGACUGCCUUGAGCCACCCACGGAAGACGAGCCAAAAGCCGCUGCCGAUGGAAUCUCUUUUAGUGCCCCAAGUCCCACGUGGCAAUUACUUGAACCUUCAGGAGGAGAAACAAAGACUGCAGCUAAAGAAGUUCCUCCUCCACAGGAUGUUCGUCGUGGCCAGCAUUCAAGAAAACACAGAGAAGACAGACGUCGCUGAGUACUACGAACAAGCGUUCCAGUCGAUUCUGAAACACCACCUGGGAGAAGCAGUGACGGGACUGCUGCUCGUCUACCCCACUUCCAUGCUGCACAUUCUUGAGUCGUCCACCGGGACCCUCUACCAAAUUCUUGAGGAAUAUCUGAGCCACCAAAACGAAGAAUUCAUGAUCAAGGACAUGAAAAUCAUAGCCAUCUCCCAUAACAUCCCUUCGAGGCUCUUCAUGCAAUGGCACAUCUCCCUCAUAAAGGUCCCAGUCCUGUAUCUCGAUGACGUGACACAGUCACAGACCCUGGAAGAGGUGAUCACGGAGUUUCUCACUCACACUCACAAACUAGGACUCUACCUCUUCAAGACUAUCAAGGUGGGUACGAAAGGAUUAGGUGAUAAUUUGCACCAAAUUGUACCUGACCUACUCCCCCCUGAGCAAAUCAUAAAGUACUUGUGCAAAUCUAAGGAAUUCAUGAACCCAGCAGAAUUCAUGAACAUGUACAACAAACCCAUCCACAUCACUUUGGAUUCUGAGAUAGUAUGGCCUGCUCCUUCCUACUUCUAGGUGUGAGAGUGACAGUGUGCUCCUGUCUCUCAGGAAAUUCAACGAUGUCUUUUCAAAUUCUAAAGUUACUCUUCUCUUUUAAAAGGUGGAACAGCACCCUGCAACAUACACACAGGUUUUUUAAUUACUCUCUACAGAGUAUGUUUAGCUAAGCAUGGAAAUAUAUCUUCGUUUGGAUAUUAAGCUCAAUAUAUUAUUUUAACAAGAACAUGAGUUUAACAGGUUCCUAUUGAAUUCUUAAAUGUUAGCUUUAUAUUCAUUGAACAAAUUAAUUUUUUCAAAGUAAAGGAUGGAUGGAAAGGAACAAAUACAAUUCACUUUCCUAACACUGAGUAACCAGUACCACACAGCACCAAUAGUGUUUGGGGCAGACAAAACUUAAGGGAAAAAGGCCACCCUUGAGUUGUUGGCAAUUUAAGGUUAGAGGCAAGUAUGUGAAGAAGUAAUUACGAUACGGUAUGAUGUAAUAUGCUUAUUACAGUAGAAAUAUAUGGGGAGACUCUGAGUCCCAGUGAGAGAACCAUCGACUGAAUAAUUCCUGCCUCCAGAAACCAAAACCUAACCUUUGCGUACUCCCAUCUUCUGCCUGUGUAAUCAAGAGUUCUGAGAUACUUAGAAACCCAAGGAAGACAACCGCUUUUGCAAAUGACCAGAAGACUCGUCACCAGACACCACAGUACUCCUUCGUCCCACACCGCACCAUGUACUGAGCACCCUUGUAUGUGACAACCGCCAGGUGCCAGGGAGAGCGCAGGGUGUGGAGAAGACAUUAUUGCAGCCGCUUUCUAACACUCACCUCCAGAUGAUUCUGAAUUAAAUAAGCAAAUUUGUUAUUUUCUCGAUUCGUCUUCUACAAAACAAUGUCUAUAACAAGCUCUAUUUUCCUUUACCAGAGUUAAUAUUUUUUGUGUGAUUUCAAAAUUUCUAAUUUGUUUAAACAACUAAAUGACAAAUUCUUUUCACUACUGUCAUAUUUAUCUAAAAUUACCUUAAUAUCUUAUGACACAGAUUUUAGAUCUAAUAGAAGAAAUACUUCAUUAUUGUUUUUUUUUAAACUCUUUAGAGGAAAAGAAGCAAUCUCAAUUUGUACCUCAUAUGCAGAUAAAUUAGCAUCAGCACUUCAUGUUAAAAUCAAAUUUCAGGAAAUACCAACCCUACUUUCAAACUUUAUGUAUUUAAAUACAAAAUGUCACUUUUCACUUUCAGCCUUAAGGUCCCUUUCAUUUCAAUUUAAUAACAGAAACAACAUGUUUUAGAUACAACAAGAAGCAACUCUUCCAGUGAAAAAAGAAUGUAUAAUGUUCUACAUUUGUAUAAAUUUAGAAAAUAUCAACUUCCUAAUAUUAUUCAGCAAUAAGUUAUUUACUCUGAACUAGGAAAAAAGACACAGGGGCUCAUCAAUAGUAAAUGAUUAGUGACAUAAUUAAUGAGAGUAAGUAUUUUCCAUGCCAAAAAAAUAAAUAAAAAGAGUAGAGAAAACACUUUCCAAAGAAGAAAGCCUUGGUGGAGACUUUCAGUGGAUGUGAAAAGUGGUUUGGGGACAGACCAGCAUAUUUAACAGAACAAACCGAGACAAGAAGGAAGAAGAGAACAAGAAAUGUUCACUGAAUCCAAAAGUCUCUUUGGGAGGGUGAAUUUUAUUUGGAAAAAGUAUUUUCUAAAGUUACCUGGUGAACAUAACUAUAGUUUAUGGAUACAAAUUAUAUAUUUAUAUAUAUGAAAUUAUGGUGGAACGCAUUUUUUCCAAAGGGUCACUGCAGUACUCAUAUCAACCCCACACACUCUUCUUUCGACAUGACUUACAGAUUCCUCCGAUUGCAUGGGGGCUUCUAACCCACUCCCCAAGAAAUCAGGCAGACCUGUGUGACUGCCCUGACCCUCAGCGUACACCAGGGCUGACUUCACACGACCUCCUAGGGUAGGUCACAGAGACACCAGGCUCUCAGCUUUGCUCAGUGCACAGCGGCGCUGCGAGCCAUCCCGCUUCCAGAUGAGGCCCCCAGCUGAGACUCUCACCAACAGUGUCCCUCAGUGCGGCACUCCUUUAACCCCGGACUUCAUGCCAGCCCAGCAGAGCCUGCACAGAGGAGAGGCAGUCUGUUCCGAGUCCUGCUCAAAUCAACGAUCGGGAAAAACUUAAAUGACUGUCAUGGAUCUAAGGCACCAAGUUUUGGGCGACUGCACAGCAGUCUGGAACAACAAAAUAUAUUUAGCAGGAACAAUAGGUAUGAAUAUAUACUACUUUAUAUAAUGUAUUCUUUAUUCAGUAAUGUACUUCAUGUAAAAAUUUACCAGUGAUCCAAUCAGUGUGCUAGCAACACACUAGGGUGUGUACCCACCACACAUUUAUUGGUCUAUAAUACUUCUUGGUGUCAUAAAAACUGACAAAAAAACAAAUUUUCCAAGCCAAAGAAAAUCAUUAACCAUAUGAAUCAUUUUUGGAGGAAGAGACAGUACAUAACUCAAUGACAAUAUUGCUGAUUUUUACUUUAUAGUGUAAUUUUUACUUUAAAAGAAUUCAUGAAGUCUCAACUGAAAGUAACUAAAAUAAACAGUGAUUAUAAAUAAA